CAGGUGCAGAUGUGGGCACCUGUAGCCCGGAUGACAGGGCCUGGGAUCUGGCUGGCUCCUGAAGGAACCUGUGACCUCAAAAUACAUGAACACCCACCCGAGGGCGAUGCUCAUCCCAUCGUUUAUUCUGAUUUUUAGCAGCCUGGUGAGAUGAGAAUUGUUUCCAUCUUCUAAGAGGAUGCAAGGAGGUGUCCCAUGAACCCCUAGGAUCUCAGCAGGAAUUCAAACCCAAGUCGGCCUGCCUGGAAGCCUGGGCUUUUGUUCUUAGCCAGACCGUCUCCACUGCCACUGACUGCCAAGCUCUCCUUGUGUCUGAAGGACGUUGUGACUUCCUUGUUACGUCACCCACUCAGUCACAGUUGGGCUGAGAGCAGAGUGUGGCCCGGCCCCCCAGGUCCCCAGGGCAGCCCUGCCAGCCCGGCACAGGCAGGCCCGGCUUAGCCACACGCGCACCAUGAAGUACCCGCUGGUGCCACUGGUGGACGACCUCACGUUUUCUUUCCUGGUGUUCUGGCUCUGCCUGCCCGUGGGCUUGCUGUUGGUCUUGCUGAUCGUCUGGCUACACUUCUUACUUAGCCAAGAUUCAGAGGAAGAUGACUCAGAUUUAUGCUAGUGGGAGCCCUGGAGCAAAGGCCCAGCCCAGUUUUGCUGGGAGGGGACACUGUAUAGCCAAGAGGAGGAGGAGCCCUGCCGGUGAGCCUUUUCAGCCAGAGCCAACCUUCCAUGUUUCUCCAGCCUGGUUUUCCUGGAGUCAGCAGGGCGGUGGCAGUGGCCAAGGUGGAUGGGAGAGACCCACCGGGGAGGGAAGAAGACUGCCAAGGGAGGCUCUUCCCUGGGAUCCCCGACUCAUCUCCUCCAUCAGUGGACACACAAAAGCCUCCAAAGGACCCUGCUCUUCGCCCACUACAGACGACUUCCCAGGGUCCCCGGGGAGGAGCCCGAGUCCGUGAAGACGGUAUAAG